AUGCUGUUUUCACCCCUUCCGGGCGGCCUCUGGCUUGUCCAAACCCUCAGCGUACUCCCCACCCGGCUCUUCAUACCUCGCGACAGGGAGUGGCAGCAGGUGCUUGCUGAAGAAGAAGGGAAGAAGGAGCAGAAGGGCCUGAAGAGGAAAGCUGACGAGCCCAAAGAGGAGGCGGUGAGGUAUGCGGAGGGUCUAGACGAGCUAGUGCUUGCGGAUGAAGACUACUAG